AUGGCGAAGAGAAAUCGGCACACUUCAUACAUCACCAUCUUUGCAGCGAUUGGCUCCAUUACCUAUGGCUACGCUGCAAGUAUCAUUGGCCAAGUCAUUGGACAGCCUCAAUUUUACAACUACUUCGCCCUUGCGCAGAAAGGUCCUGGUCUGUCUCGGACAAACACGAUCCUAGGCGCGAUGAACGGCUUGUUCUUCGCUGGUGGCGCCUUGGGAUCAUUGUCUAUUGCAUAUACCGCGAGCGCUUUUGGAAGGUUGCGAACAAUUCAGAUUGCUUGCAUGGUCUGCAUUCUCGGCGCCGCUCUGAUGGCAGGCGCGGCAAAUGUCGCCAUGUACCUCGCAAGCCGCUUCAUCAUGGGCUGGGGCGUUGGUCAGAUGGUCUGUGGAGUUCCACUCUACCAAGCAGAGCUUUCUCCACCCAAGCAUCGGGGUUUCCACGUAGGACUCCAUGGAAUUGCUCUUGGGUUGGGCUAUGCUCUCACGGGUUUUGUCGGUUUCGGAUGCUACUAUGACUCAACAUCAUCAUUCCAAUGGCGAUUUCCCUUCGCAGUGCAACUGAUACCCACCUUGAUCUUACUGUCUGGCAGUUGGAAGCUACCAGAAAGUCCUCGAUGGUUACUUAUGAAGGGACGUAACGACGAGGCUUUCCAAGUCAUCCAGAGGCUCCACGCUCAACCAGAUGACCCAGACGACACCUUCGCUCGCAAAGAAUUCUACCAGAUGACCCAGCAAUUUGCGCUAGAUGAGCAGAAAAAACAAAAUCUUGGGGUUGUACACUGGUGGGAUUAUUUCAAGAAGGCGAGCUACCGGCGCAGAAUCCUGAUUGGCUGUGGCGCAACACUCAGCAGCGCGUGCUCUGGUAAUCUUGUCGUGAACAACUACCAAGUCACUCUCUACACCGGGCUCGGCAUUACAGGCGGGAUUCCAAUCCUACUCUUCGCAAUCUGGAACAUCGUCGGCAUGCUAGGCAACAUCGUGGCCGCGACCGCCCUCAUGGACCGCUUCGGCCGCAAAAUCUGCCUUCUGAUAGGUAUCGCGGGGACAGCCACGUGUCUGGCGUUUGAAGCCGCCCUGACCAAAUAUUUCGUUGGUCAAGAGACACCAAACAAAGUUGGACUGGGCUUUGGCACUUUCUUCAUUUUCUUUUACGUGGUGUUUUAUGCCACGUUUAUCGAUGCGCAACAAUACGUCGUCGUUUCAGAGGCUUUCCCUAUGGAAUUCAGAAGCAUUGGUGUCGCAUUGAGCCUUUUUGCCCAAACGGCCGCGGCGGCAUUGUUCGUUGGCGUGGCGCCUGUCAGCUUUACUCACAUAGGCUGGAAGUUCUAUCUUGUCUUCAUUUGCCUCGAUGUCUGUACCUUCACAUUGGUUUGGGUGUUUUUCCCCGAGACCAAAGGCCUUUCACUGGAAGAGAUCAAUGAGCUAUUUGGUGACCCUGUCGCCGUUCAUAUCACGCAUGACCAGGAAGAUGACCUCGAUAAGAAGAUUCAAGAUAUGAGUCUUGUGGGAGUCGACUAUACCCAUGAGGAAAAAGCUUGA